AUGGCUGGGAUCGGAGUGGAUGCGAGCCUGGUGCUACUGGCCGGGGAGAAGCCCCGGGUUGGCGGCGGCGGCGGCGGCGGCUGCGGCCGGGAGCGCUGGGUGGCCAGAGUCACCGCGUUGAUGUUCACCGGCCUCGCCGUCUACCUGUUGCUGCAGCAUCUGCCGGCGCUGCCGGGCGGAGUCCACAACAACAGCACCCAGGCUGAGCAGCGCCGCGUCCCCGACAAACCCCGGGCACAUCUGACAGCUAAAGAAACUCGUGAUGAACUCUCUAUUCUCCAGUGGGAAGACAAGAAUGGGCUUGCCUUUACAAUGGGCGAUAUUAACUACAGGAACCGGUCUCUGGUCAUUUCAACGGAUGGAGACUACUUUGUAUACUCUCAGGUUUCAUUCAGAGGCAUGAGAAGCAGCAAGUGUGAGUUCAUCACCCACACUGUCAUCAAGCAUGAAACCUACCCGGAACCAACCUCCCUACUCACCACCACCAAGUCCAUCUGCGAUGUCAAAAGUCCCUGGUUUGUGGCCAACUACUUGGGAGCCGUAUUCCAACUGAAGAAAGGGGACAGAUUGGUUGUGCAAGUCAGCAAUGUGGCUCACGUGGACUUUACCACUGAGCACAAAACAUUCUUUGGUGCCUUCUUGCUGUGAAUGCCCAGCGGGGCAGAGCUUAGUUUAGUUUAGUUUAGAGAUACAGCGCAGAAACAGGCCCUUCAGCCCACCGAGUCCCAGCCGACCAGCGAUCGUCCC